UCCAUGGGUUAUCUAUCUACCAAAGUGUUGCUGAAUGAAUAUUUUAAAAGGAGUUAUGUUCUGAUGGCUGCCGUCACCAAUCUUGGUAGUACAACAGGAGCUUUCAUUGCGCCGUUCGUCAUAGAGAGGUCGCUGGAGGCCUAUGGUUACAUUGGAGCUAUGCUUAUACUUGCUGCCUUUUCGUUGCAUGCCAUUCCAGCAAGUGCCACUCUGAGGAAACCCCGAGAUAGGCCUUCAAAACCUUCCAUGAAGAAGAAGAACGAUCAUGAGGCAACUGGUAGCGACGAGAAACUGGUGAGAGAGGAGGGCGAUGAAUAUAUCUCGAAAGAAGAACCAGAGUCAUCCACAAGGUGUAUUACAAAAAUCAAGGAAUGGCUCAAAGACUGCAUUUUUAUCAGAGAGCCUCUCUUCACCAUGACACUUCCGUGUCUUUUCUUCACCUUAGCUUGUUUAAAUGCUUGGGUGCUCUUUCUCGUGCCCAGAGCGGAAUGGCAUGGCAUCCCGAGCUCCAAGGCAGUCUUCGUGUCGACUGCUGGUGGAGCAGGAGGUAUCGUGGGCCGGGUCUUCUUUAUAGCUCUUCUCUACUUCGGUGCUAACCCAAUAGUUCUGUCCUGUGUGUUCUUCAUGAUGUCUGCAGUCACCUUUCUGGCAGACCCCUUCAUCACGACGUUUCCAGUGAUGUGCGUUGUAGCCUUUAUCCAAGGGUGGAGUGUGUUCUCCUGCAAUCUGGCGCUCUCAGGUUACCUGAAGUAUUCCGUUUCCGACGAGAACUUCACUAUGGCUGCGGGCAUCGAUGGUCUGGUAUCGGGGCUAGGGAGGAUGUCUGGAGGCUUCCUUGGAGGUCUUAUCAAGGAUGCCACACAAUCGUUCACUACGGUGUUUGUCGGGAUUGGAUUUGGUUUUUGCUUUCUGGAGGUAAAUGCCUUACUCUUUUUACUUGCCCUUCGCAGAAAACAAAAGAAAAGAGCAAAUGAUCUGUAAAACCACAGAUUCCCCUUCUUUUCGUCAUCAGUGCAACUAUAAUUUAUCUGUCAACCUUUUCUACAUCGACAUCUUGUUUGGACAUCGGAAAUAUUGGUUAGAAACUGUAAUUUUAUCAAAAACUCAGGCCUUAUUUACCCAGGGUCGCCACAUCAAUAUGACAAUAGAACACUGCUCGUCCUGUGGGCCCUGCAAUUAUUAUUACCCCAGCAAUGAAUAUUACCCAGUAAUUAUUAUUACCCCAGCAAUUUCCAAAAAAGACAUUAUUGUGGAGUUUAGGCGCCAGCAAGACGACUAUGAAGAGCAUAUCUUUACGCCGUCUUGAUGUGCUCGACAACCGUGGGUUGUUGAUGUCACUUGUGUGGACCACACGGCGAGGCUGACGAUUCAUGAGAAUUAGUAUACGGUUGACGAGACGCAGAAAGAUACAUCAUAAAACGAAGAAGAACACAAGACGCAGCAAAAAGAACUCCUAAAUAUGUGUCAUUUAUUAAUUAUAAAUGUGACUAAGUUAUGAUAAAACAUCGAUAAUUCUCGGUUUCGUUUUUUCC